AUGGGAAUAGGGAUUUUCGAGGCCAAAGCCGUGUCCGGUGACAUCCCCGGUACCUGUCUACUCCACCCGCCAUCGAACGGCGGCGAAGAGCAGGCUCUCGGAUUGAAGCGGCACGCUCAGGAUGCAAGCUUGAUCUUGCAGCCACAACCAAGCGAACAUCGAGAUGAUCCAUUGAACUGGUCCCGGUUUCGCAAGGAGGUCGCAUAUGCUUCGCUCCUGCUGGGAGCGAUAGCUGUCGGUGUAGUCGGCCCCGUCUUGACACCGGACUUUGGAAACAUCCUCACCGAGUACCAUGUCUCGUUGACCAAAGUUAUUGCGAUCAAUGGCGACCUCGUUCUGACGUAUGGAAUAGCGUCCUUUCUGUGCGUGUCUGUCUCAGACUCGCUCGGCCGACGCCCGACAUUUCUCGUCAGCAACAUACUGCUCCUCGCAGGUCUGAUUUGGGGUGCCCUCGCCAAGUCAUAUGGUUCUCUCCUCGGAGCCCGGAUCCUUCAAGGAUUUGGUAUGGGUGCAUACGGAUGUCUGGUGAAUUCCAGCAUCACGGAUAUCUUCUUUCUACACGAACAGGGUACUCGCAUCGCUAUCUGGCAAUUCGCCUUCAAUGGAAGUAUCUGCUUGACUCCGGUGAUUUCGGGCAUCCUUAUUCAGAGGCUUGGCAGGAAUAUCGCUUUUUGGGUCUUAUUCGGGGCUACAAUCCUCCCUGUUUUCGCCACCAUCCUGUUCGUUCCCGAGACUGUUUAUCAUAGGCAGCUUGAGUCGUGUGAUUUUGUGCAUCGGGACGGCGAGACGGGAACCGUAGUACAUGACGACACCAAGAAAGGAUCUGGUACCGCCAUUGUCCAACCGUUGGAAACCGCCGCGCCUAUACACCCAAGGGCCAUCUUCGAUAGCUACCAUUUACGACCCUGGAGACCGAUUCGCCGUGAUAAAAGCAUAACGCUUGCACUCUGUCGGCCGGCUUUAACUCUCUUGUCGCCCAACGUCCUGUAUGCAGCCUUUUUGUUCAUGACAACUUUCACUUGGUUUGUCCAGCUCAGUUCGCUGUAUAGCCAGAUAUAUGGCGCUCCCCCUUACUCUUUCGACACGGCCAAAAUCGGUUAUAUUGGAGGUAUCAGCCCUUUCAUAGGUACAAUGCUAGCACUGCUAUCCGCUGGACCCAUCAACGACCAUGCCGUAAGGAUCUUAUCCAAGCAUAACAAGGGGGUCUUUGAAGCCGAGAUGAGACUUGUCUUGGUGAUGCCUUGCGGGAUAUGUUUUGCUAUUGGCGCAUUUGGUAUGGGCUAUACCGUCCAACAUGGGGCACACUACCUCGUCACUGCUGUGUUCCUCGCAUUUCUAGUCGCUGGCGCAGCAUUCGGGACUAUUUGUGGUAUCACCUACGCCUCUAGCGCAUUUCCCGCUCGAGGAGGGGACACGUUCGGCAUCAUCAUGCUGGUUAAAGCCUUGUACGCGUGGGGAAAUACACUCUUCUGGCGGAUUGGUAUACUAGCUCCGGUCCGCUUUCCUGGUUCUACGUGACCGGUGCUAUCAGCCUAGCGAUGUGCCUUUUUGCCGUUCCUAUGUAUUGUUGGGGUAAACGAAUGAGAGCGUGGAUUGUCAAGACUAGGGUAGCAUGGGUAUUUGUAUAAAUGUGGUCCAGGCGGG